AUGAGUGAAGACUCCUCGCAGCACAGUAGCUGUAAGCUGACCUACGACGUAUGGAAGCAUAUCUCGUUCAGGCAGCUCAACCCUGAAGCUCUACUAAACCUAAGAGCUAACGGUAAUGUCACCUUUGACAUUCCUGAGGUGUUGUAUGACUUUGACUUCCCGGGUCAUUACAUGCGGCGCAUCAAGUCAGUCUCAUUAUCUGUUCCCUCCGUGGCGGCGUCUGGAGAAGACUACGCUGGGGACGGCAUGGCGUCGGGACAUUUCCGCACAGACAUCGCACCUAUCACGUCGGUUGCCAUCAGCUUUGGUAUUCAAGACUCUGGUGUAUUCGAGCUCAACUUCAAGGACGACCACUUCCAGCCGUUCGAAGGUGCAGGUGCAAUUGGUUCUUGGUCCCUUGAGCUCCCCACGGUUGUUCGUUCUUUCGACUACUCCGCUAUCUCGGACGUUAUUCUGCAUGUCCGGUAUACAGCGGUUGACGGAGGACCUUUGCUCCGGAAUGCAGCCAACCAAGCUGUCAAGACUUUCCGUUCUCGGGUCGAAGGGUUAAGCUCUGAGAGGCCGGGGCUUUUCGCAAUGUUUGAUCUCAAAAAUGACUUUAGUAACGCAUGGUACGCGUUCCGGUCAGGCCUGGCCAGCAAAACCAUCGAAGAGUUUGACCUAUCUGGUAUCAAAGACAGAUUUCCCUACUGGGCGCUGGGAAAGACCAUAAUCAUUACUGGCCUCAGCCUUGUUGUUUCCGGCAAGGUGACGAAGAACAAAUUGGUCCAAGAGGCGUUUUCAGUUACUGCUUUGGGUAAGGACAAAUCGUGGGAUCCACUAAAUGACCUGGAUCUUGAGUGGAAAUUGAAGAUAUCGAAUGAACGGGGCGACUUCACGGCAUUGGAGAACGUGGUACUUGUUCUGCCGUAUGCAUUGGCUUGA